AUCCAUGUGCAUGGAUACAUUAUUGGACAAAUGGAGACGAGAAAGGACCCGCUCCAGAAAGGCGAGCCCACCUUGACGGAAAUGCUUGCGGAGAUAUGGGGCUGGGACUUGACUGUUCCGACGGAAGAAGAGCUGGACAUGUACGACGUUUCCAUGUCCAACCUUAAAGGGGAAGUAAACUUCCUAGCGCAUGUCACUUCAUUCCCUCGCUUCAGCGAUAAUGAACGCACGGACGGCUCUGAAGCUGCCGACUUUGAGAAGACAACUAUCCAGCACCCUUCCCUUCGUCAUGCAGCACUAAUGAAGGCAAAGACAACUAUUGCUGAAACCGAGGAAGCUCGUUCUCCCCAGGAAGAGCAGUCUGGAACAACUUUGCCAGUCAAAGUCUCACCUGUAGAGGAAGCACAAAAGGUGGCAAGACCCCUAAUCGUUGGCGAAUCCCAAAUCUCGUCAAAUGUGAUACCGAACCAGCCCGAGGUCCCAGCCAUUUCGGCUCCGAACUUGGAGAAAGCCACGGAUGCAGCAGCCACAAAUGGUUUUGGAAUUCCUUUACACGAACGCAUUAAGACCAAGAAGCGCAAAGCUGCAGUUCACAAGAUAGGUAGCCGACAAUCCCUGUCACCCCUUUCUCGAGCCUCCAAAAAGCCACCGAAACAGAAGCGCAAAAAACAACGCUCCGAAGAGGAUGCCGACAUCUUCGAGGUUGAGCGUAUUCUUGAUGUGCAAAUUACCUAUGACGGUGGAGAAGGAGAGGGGAACAGGCGAGUUCGAUAUCUAGUUGCAUGGAAAGGGUAUCCCGAUGAAAGCGAAAAUACAUGGGAGCCUGAAGAAAACCUGGAAUCUGCCCCUCUGAAGGUAAAGGAGUUUUGGGACUCUAGAAAACGAAAUAACGAGCGGUCCUCUGCGGGCGAAAGCCCUAAACGUGAAGUGAAGAUGGAGGUAUUCGAAUGA